UGGUUCAUUGAUUGUGUUUGUGCAUGAAUGCCGAUCACCUUCGUAGGUUUUGCUCUGCCCCAAAAUAGCUGCUCGUUUCUGCUUCAGCAGCUGCAAGCACACAUUAAAGGUCACACAGCCUCUCCACGAGCAGCACCAGCACAACCCGGGAUGCAGAUGUAGCAGCUCUGCUCCCAUAUGGAGAUCCCCCAGCCCACAGAGCAGCCUCACGCACACAUGCAGUGCCAUGCACAGUGCAGCGUGUGUGCAACAGAGUGCAGAAAUUCAUGUGCCCAAAAGAUGUGCCUGACCAACACGGAUGUAGUUAAAGUAGGGUGUCAGGAUAGGGGAUGGAGACUCAGUCCUGCUCACAGCCUUGGCCCAAGUGGGUUGCAAGAGAAAUGGGAGACGCAGAGCAUUGGUUUUGGGGUCUGGAGAGAGGAAAUGCUGAAGCAACCACUGCCCUCACGGGAAUUGUAGCUGAGCCAAAAUGAGCAGUGGAUGCUGGAGUUGGAGACAGCAGCAUGACUUACACGUGGUGACACAUCUGCAAGAAGUGGCAUGUAAGAGGGACGGAGAGAUGUGGGCUGAGCUGAGAGUGUUUGGAAGGAGAGUCAGAUCCUUGCAAUGGGCUCCACUAGAAGGAACUGAAAUGUCUCCGUAUCUUCUCCAGACCAGAGAAAGCCUCCUCUUUUUGAGUCAAAAUCCCUGGGCAAUGUUGCCACAGCAGAUUUCAUUUACUGUCAAUAUAGUACCGAGGCCAAGCACUGGCAGAUUAUUUGUGACUUUUCUUAUUCCACACAAAAACUUUUUCUUGUGGACACGCUGGGUUUUGUGUAUGUGGGGAUCUGGAGUGCUUUAAAAAGUGAAGCACAGGAAACAUGGGUAAAAUAGAGUUAGCUCUAAGCAGAGGUUGAGGCUGGCAGGAAAGAUGGGCUGGGGGAAAUCUUGGCUUUGGGAUCAUGGAGGGAAGAGGGAAGUGCCCCACUGCACCACUGAGUGUGUGUAUCACCCCCCAGUAAAGAGCUGAAUUCAAUAUGCUGCUUUUUCUUGCAGAUGACAUCAUUGUGAUUGCACUGUAUGACUUUGCUGCUUCAAGUGACCGUGAUCUGGAGCUGGUCAAGGGGGAGAAACUUCAGAUCCUCUCCAACGAGGGGGACUGGUGGCUGGCUAAAUCCCUCAGAAGUGGGAAGAAAGGCUAUAUCCCCAGCAACUUCGUUGCACUAGUAGACAGCCUGGAACAAGAAAAGUGGUUUUUUAAAACUCUGAGCAGAAAAGAUGCUGAACGGCUACUGUUGUCUUCUGGUAACAAAAUUGGCUCCUUCCUUGUUCGAGAGAGUGAGACCAGCACAGGUGAGAUCCACAGAGCAACUGCUGGGCAUGGGCACAACUUGGAGGACCUUCCAGACUUGAGUUGUGUGGCUCAGCAGUGCCAGUGUUGGAGUUUGCUGUGGGACAGAACCACACUCUCCAGGCUCAGCAGGGCUGCAUUAGAUGUCCUCAUGAUGCUCCUCAUAUAGAUCAGGCUGUGGUGA